AAACCAUUUGACAGUUACUGAGUUGAGAUAUACACACAAGGAUUAUGAUUCCAUUUGUUAAACUACAUUUCCAUUUUUUUUUCCUGUUCCUUGCAAACUCAAAGCAAUGUUACAUUGUUAAAUAAAAGUAGGAUAAUGUAGUGGACACUUAUUGGUAACUGCCCAUUUUACAUGUGGUUUCAGCGUUGUACUCUUUCUGUGAGUGACACAGGGUCUCUCAUGAUCCACCUGGUUAACUCCUGGCUGCCUACGUGUGCAUAGUGCUCGACUGAUUUAUAAUGCAUUCCUGUAUUUUCUUCAGAAGUCUUAAUGAAGUAGCCAGCUGCAGAAGAAUCUGGAUCAUUAGAUAAAAAUGGCUUUCCAUGUGGAAGGACUGAUAGCUAUCAUCGUGUUCUACCUUCUAAUUUUGCUGGUUGGAAUAUGGGCUGCCUGGAGAACCAAAAACAGUGGCAGCGCAGAAGAGCGCAGCGAAGCCAUCAUAGUUGGUGGCCGAGAUAUUGGUUUAUUGGUUGGUGGAUUUACCAUGACAGCUACCUGGGUCGGAGGAGGCUAUAUCAAUGGCACAGCUGAAGCAGUUUAUGUACCAGGUUAUGGCCUAGCUUGGGCUCAGGCACCCAUUGGAUAUUCUCUUAGUCUGAUUUUAGGUGGCCUGUUCUUUGCAAAACCUAUGCGUUCAAAGGGGUAUGUGACCAUGUUAGACCCGUUUCAGCAAAUCUAUGGGAAACGCAUGGGCGGACUCCUGUUUAUACCUGCACUGAUGGGAGAAAUGUUCUGGGCUGCAGCAAUUUUCUCUGCUUUGGGAGCCACCAUCAGUGUGAUCAUCGACGUGGAUGUGAACAUUUCUGUCAUCAUCUCUGCACUCGUUGCCACUCUGUACACCCUGGUGGGAGGGCUCUAUUCUGUGGCCUACACCGACGUCGUUCAGCUCUUUUGCAUUUUUGUGGGGCUGUGGAUCAGCGUCCCCUUUGCAUUGUCACAUCCUGCAGUCGCAGACAUCGGGUUCACUGCUGUGCAUGCUAAAUACCAAAAGCCGUGGCUGGGAACUGUUGACUCAUCUGAAGUCUACUCUUGGCUUGAUAGUUUUCUGUUGUUGAUGCUGGGUGGAAUCCCAUGGCAAGCGUACUUCCAGAGGGUUCUCUCUUCAUCCUCAGCCACCUAUGCUCAAGUGCUGUCCUUCCUGGCAGCUUUCGGGUGCCUGGUAAUGGCUGUCCCAGCCAUACUCAUUGGGGCCAUUGGAGCAUCAACAGACUGGAACCAGACUGCAUAUGGGCUUCCAGAUCCCAAGACUACAGAAGAAGCAGACAUGAUUUUACCAAUUGUUCUGCAGUAUCUCUGCCCUGUGUAUAUUUCUUUCUUUGGUCUUGGUGCAGUUUCUGCUGCUGUUAUGUCAUCAGCAGACUCUUCCAUCUUGUCAGCAAGUUCCAUGUUUGCACGGAACAUCUACCAGCUUUCCUUCAGACAAAAUGCUUCGGACAAAGAAAUCGUUUGGGUCAUGCGAAUCACAGUAUUUGUGUUUGGAGCAUCUGCAACAGCCAUGGCCUUGCUGACGAAGACUGUGUAUGGGCUCUGGUACCUCAGUUCUGACCUUGUUUACAUCGUCAUCUUCCCCCAGCUGCUUUGUGUACUCUUUGUUAAGGGAACCAACACCUAUGGGGCUGUGGCAGGUUAUGUUUCUGGCCUCUUCCUGAGAAUAACUGGAGGGGAGCCAUACCUCUAUCUUCAGCCCUUGAUCUUCUACCCUGGCUAUUACCCUGAUGAGAAUGGUAUAUAUAAUCAGAAAUUCCCAUUUAAAACACUUGCCAUGGUUACUUCAUUCUUAACCAACAUUUGCAUCUCCUAUCUAGCCAAAUAUCUAUUUGAAAGUGGAAGCUUGCCACCUAAAUUAGAUCUAUUUGAUGCUGUUGUUGCAAGACACAGUGAAGAAAACAUGGAUAAGACAAUUCUUGUCAAAAAUGAAAAUAUUAAAUUAGAUGAACUUGCACUUGUGAAGCCGCGACAGAGCAUGACCCUCAGCUCAACUUUCACCAAUAAAGAGGCCUUCCUUGAUGUUGAUUCCAGUCCAGAAGGGUCUGGGACUGAAGAUAAUUUACAGUGACCCCAUCUAAAUAAAAUACUGCUUUAGCAAACAGAACACUAUAAUAGGGUAGUUCUGGAGAGAUGAUUUGCAGCAUACAAAAAUAUAUUUAAAAUAUAAACAAUGUUCAGGAGGGUAAAAAUUCAUAUAAAGUGCAGUUGCACAAACACACGCCAAGCUAGAAGGAAGCACCUAUGAAAGCAACAACUUUCUUUCUCAUCCAUAGUAAUACUGAUUUUGAUGCUAGGUAGUUUUGCUAGGUAUAAAAAUAAAGUUCCACUGAGAGAACAAAGGGCCAAAUAAAGCAUUUAUAUUUGUUACAAAAAAGGGAAGUAGAUGUGAAAGAGACUGAAAAAAAGGAAAUUGGAUAGUUUUGAUACAAACUUUGUUUGCUAAUGCACUGAUGAGUCUAGUUUCAUUAUAGCACCGAAGCUAUGAGAAUAACUUCAGUCACUCCCCUGAAUGGUGCAAUGAAUUAACCAGCUGAUUUUUCUUAGUGUGAUGAUUAACCCCUUCUUUCAUGUUCUGAGCUAUAACAUUUGCUGAAUGUGCAAUCUGUUAUUCUUUUAUUAAUGGCAUGUAAUAUGAGCAUGGGCAAAGCAAACACAAAAAAAUGUUAUGUACUGGCAUUUAUUUAUGUGCAAGGUGAUAGGAAAAUAGAAUCCAUCUUUGUAGAAGAGCACUGGGUUAAUUUGUAUGUUUCCAUAGCUACUGUAUGCACAAACAAGAGUACCUGAAGGAUUAUUAAGCAACCUUAAAGCAAUAAGUUAAUUAAGCAGAAAGUAACAGGAGGAACAGUACAUUUUUAUCUUUAUGUCAAGUAUAUAAAGUUUUGCUUCAUGAUAAAAUAAAUAUAUCUAAAUUAACAUGUAAGUUAAUAUUGGAAGUGGAAUUGGGCCUUAUGUAAGGAGAGGUAGCUACACAGCAUCAGUUAUGGUUAAUGAGAGGCACACUGCUAAAUUUACAUAUAUUUCAUUGAAUGAUUAUUAUGGGAAGCACUCACAACACCUCAUGAUAGUAGUAAAAUGAGAAAAAAACAAACUACUAAUUUUUAGAUAUUCAUUAAUAGGAAAGAUUUAGUGUUAAGGGAUCUACUCUUUGGCACUUUUUCACAUAAGCCAGUCUUAGAGACUAGACAGAUUACUACUACAAAAAGUACAUAGUGAAUUUUAAAAUGUAGACGAAAGCAGAAAAUUAAAUAAGUUCUAAAGUGAAGAAGCCAUCAAUUUUAACAUUUGAUGUCUAGAUAACAUUCAUGAGAUUGGUCAUUAAAUACUGUUUUGCUCCUUUUCUGCUGUUACACAUACACACUCAUAAACACGUGUGUGUGUGUGUGUGUAAUGAUUUGUGUCCGUUUCAAGUGUUUUCACACCAGUCACACAUUAUAGAAAUAACUAGAGCCAUGUCUACAAAAGCAAAGUGAAGUGAUGAGCUGAAAAGUGAUCAGGGAAUCUGAUCCCAUAAAGAAAGUCAGUCUAAAUUGUUGAAACUAAAGCACAUUUUUUUUUUCCAAAAAUACUUCUUUUUUGCAAAUCAUGAACAAAAUGAAGUUAACUUAGUGUUUAACAUUAAGAAUGAAAGUUGUAUCUUGACCCUAGAAUUCCUUUUAUAAGAUUUAAUUGUAAUUAUCUCAAAGCAUCAGAUAAUACAUCUUUAUCAUUAAACAUGAAUUUAAUGUCUAGGAUAAUUUUUAAAAUGGGAAAUUAAAUAAUUUUAUAUGUCUCAUAUUUUCAGUGCGUUAUCAAAAUUUGAUGGUGAAUAUUACAUUGCAUUCAAAAUCUUCACUGAAUAUCAUAGAUAUCUAAAUGAAAAGAGAAUUACUUUUCUUCAUCUAUUUUCUCAGAAUCUAUUCAGUACCCUAUGGAGUACAUGGAAGGAGUAUAUUUUUGGAGCCAGUAAGUAUGGGAGUCCAUGAUUCUCAGGUAUUGAUUGAAAAAAGAGAAAGGGGCAAGAAAUUCAUUAAAGAAAAAACCACAGAUAUUAACACAUUUGACACAUAAAAGUAAUGAAUUGCUGGAGCCUACAAUUCCUGGCAAGAACCAUUAUUCCAGAGGCACCAUGCUCCCCAGCAUGCUACCUGAAUGGUGGCUUUUAUCCAACCUGUCACCCUGAGCAUCUGUCUCAGCCUGCUGAGGCACAGGCUUCCACCAUGUGCAUUAGGAAACACUCACUCAUACUGUCAUAUAAUGCAACAGGGAGGCAUCGUCUCUUUACAGGUCUCUUUACAUUGUACCAUUCCAUUAGGCAAAAAUUGUCCCAACAACCACACUUAAAUUCAGUGGGGAAAAGAAGGUUAACAUUAAAAAUUUCUUCUAUGUAAUUCAAUUUCUCACAAUAGACGGAAACAGGGGGAAAAUGUUUGCCCUGUUCAAAAUGCUAAAACUAGAUAAUUUAGAUCAUUUAAGCCAAUAAAUAAUAUUAUAUUGUAUUUAACCCAUUAUUCCUCACCUACCCUCAAAGUAGGUAUAUAAAAGACUAGUUUGUUAUUAAUCCACAAAUGUGCUAAAUGUUAGCAAGGUGAUUUUUAAAUACAAAAAUGGUUUAAGAUCGCAAGGAAGGAAACAAUGGUCACAAGGUCUUUACUUAAGCACAUUUGUGCAUAAAUUUCCACCCAAUUUCCAAGACAGUUGUAUCACAAAGCUGUGAAAUGUGCAAGAGUAUACUUUUUACCCAUCAUUUGCUUUGUUUUGACAGAAUGAGUAAUGCAGACAUUUAUGUGUUCUUCCAGCUUCAAUCAGUAGACCUGAUUUUCAACAUCUGCCCUCAAAUGAAAAUAAAAUAAACAAAACAUUCAGACACUGGCUAUAUUAACCUUGGAAGGCAAUACCUGUGGAUUAAACAUUAGAAGAAAACAUAUAUUUUAUUUUCAUACUUUUGAUAUGAUUGUAACAUAUUUCUUGAGUAAUUUAAAUGCUUCUUUUUCCCACACAUAUUCAAAUCAGCAAGCCUGUAGCUGCACUGCAAUAUCAACAACUAGUUGUUUCAAACACUCAGCAUCAAAAUACAACUUCAUUGCUACACUUACAAGGAAUGAAUUUUAUGUGAAUAUGAAAUGAGUAUAAGCUUAAAAUAAGUGAAUCUAAUAUAAUGGCUAUUCCUCUUUUUACUUGGAAAUAAUAAAUUAACAUUAUAUU